AGGUGGCGGCUGCGGCUGGUCCUUUUCGGCCAGGUGUUUCUCCGGGAAAGAUGGCGGCCGCCGCGCGGCUGGGGCCGGGAGCUGAGGAGUUGGUCUUACUGGAGAAGGCGCUGGGCCUGCCGAGCGGGAACAAGUACGGCGCCCAGGGGGAGCGGCAGGUUCCUGUUCUGCAGACAAACAAUGGUCCUGGUCUGACAGGAUUAAUUACCAUAGCUUCAUACUUAGUUAAACAGGCUAAGAAAGAGCAACUGCUUGGAAGUUCUGCGGAGGAGAAAGCUGUGGUUCAUCAGUGGUUGGAAUACAGAGUGACUCAAGUAGACAGACGCUCUAGUAGAGAAGAUAUAAGAACAGUUCUGAAGGAUCUUAACACACACCUUGAAGAUAAAGUCUACCUUGCAGGAAACAGUUUUACCUUAGCAGAUAUUUUGAUGUACUAUGGAUUGCAUCACGUCAUGGUGGACCUCACUGUGCAAGAAAAGGAGACUUACCUUAAUGUAUCUCGCUGGUUCAACCACAUUCAGCAUUAUCCGGGUGUCCGACAACAUCUGACUAAUGUCAUCUUUAUCAAGAACAGAUUGUAUACUAAUGUUCAUUAAGGAGAAUUUUAAUACUGUGUUGGAGUGGUAUUUGGGAGCCUAGAAGUUAUAUUGUCCAAAACCACUGCCUUGCAAAUACUGGUUUGUAACCUUCUAUCUGUGAACCAAAACUGGUGAUGCCUCAAGUAAUACAGUUCCAUUGAAUUGUUAUUGUUUGUUCAAGAAUUUGAACUAGCUACAGAAUUUUAUUGUGUAUCUGAUUAAAAGCAACAAUGACAGAAAGAUGGGAAUUGAGUUUUAAUUCACUAUUUUUUAAAGAUGAAAUAUUCUUUCAAUUCAGCAUUUGACUGUAAUUACAUAGUGUUUGUAGGAGAGAAUUACUUAUUUUCCUUUGACUCACUCAUUUUACUAUUUAUUGAGUUUCUGUGUAUGUCCCUCUUUUCAUUUUAUUUUCCAUGAAUGUUUACACUAGUUUUGUAAAAGUUAAGAGCUAUAUUGUGUGCCAAGGAUGUGAAAAAGGGAACAUGGAAAUGUUACAAAGUAUUUAUGUGACUGAAUAAAUUAUUUUAAAACUGUAGUCUUAAUUUGGCUGUGAAAGUCUUUAGUUUGUUUAAAAAAAGAAUUAAGGUUAGUUCACAUGCUACUUCAUUUUAUGGACUUUCAUGUAGGCUCUAGAAGCAUUUUCUUUCAAAUUAGUCAACAGUAUUAGCAUUUAUCAGGAUUCUGCAUGUGCUAUCAUUUCAUGUUAUUUCCACGUAAGAAAGAUUGCACAUUUCAAGGUCCUAAAAAGAAGGUGGGAAAGAAAAUACUUGAGAUAAAAACGAGCUGGUCUUCCACAUUCACUUCUUGUUUUAAUUAAAAAGUUUGCUUUAAAA